AGGUAAUAAAAUGCUAAGCAAAUUAUUCAGACCAACAUUAAAAGUGAACUAACACACUGUGAAUGCAUUCAGUAGUAAGGUAAUGAAAGGAGAAUAUGUCAUUGGUAUUGAUUUGGGAACAACAAACUCAUGUGUAUCUAUAAUGGAAGGUAUAGAAGAAAAUAAUAAAUGAUUAGCUGGUACACCAAAGGUUAUAGAGAAUGCUGAGGGUAUGCGUACUACUCCAUCAGUAGUCGCAUUUACAGCUGAUGGUUAAAGAAUAGUUGGUGCUCCAGCAAAAAGACAAGCAGUAACAAAUCCAGAGAAUACAGUAUAUGCUACAAAAAGAUUAAUUGGUAGAAGAUAUGAUGAUCCAAAUGUUUAAAAGGACAUUAAACAUUUGAGUUAUUCAGUUAUAAGAGCAUAAAAUGGAGAUGCUUGGGUUAGUUUAAAAAGUAAAAUAAUAAUUUAUAUCAUAAGGUGGUUAGACAUAUUCUCCUUCUUAGAUAGGAGCAUUUGUUUUGAUGAAAAUGAAGGAAACUGCAGAUGCCUAUAUUGGAAAACCUUAAUCAAAGGCAGUAGUAACAGUUCCAGCUUAUUUUAAUGAUUCAUAAAGAUAAGCAACAAAAGAUGCAGGUAAAAUUGCAGGUUUGGAUGUUUUAAGAAUUAUUAAUGAACCAACAGCAGCAGCUUUAGCAUUUGGUUUAGAAAAGAAAGAUAAUAAGAUUAUUGCUGUAUAUGAUUUAGGAGGUGGUACAUUUGAUAUUUCAAUUUUGGAAAUUAAUGCUGGUGUAUUUGAAGUUAAAGCUACUAAUGGAGAUACAAGUUGUGGAGGUGAAGAUGUUGAUUCUAUUCUUUCUAAUUGGAUAAGUUCAGAAUUUAAGGCUUAAUCUGGUGUUGAUAUUUCUAAAGAUAAAAUGGCUGUAUAAAGAGUAAGAGAAGCAGCCGAAAAAGCUAAAAUUGAAUUAUCAUCAACAACAUAAACAGAUAUCAAUUUACCAUAUUUAACUGCUGAUGCUUCAGGACCUAAACAUUGUAAUCUUAAAUUGACAAGAGCUAAAUUAGAAUCAUUAACUGAAGAUUUCCUUAAAAAAACAAUUAAACCAACUGAAAAUUGUAUUAAAGAUUCAGGAUUAGAUAAAAGUAAAAUAGAUGAAGUUAUUUUGGUUGGUGGUAUGAGUAGAAUGCCAAAGGUAUAAAAAUUAGUAUAAGAUUUAUUUAAUAAACCACCUAAUAAAUCAGUUAAUCCAGAUGAAGCUGUAUCUAUUGGUGCUGCUAUUUAAGGUGGUGUCUUAAAAGGUGAUGUUAAAGAAUUAUUAUUAUUGGAUGUUACUCCACUCUCUUUAGGUAUUGAAACUCUCGGUGGAGUUUUCACUAAAAUGAUUCCAAGAAAUACAACUAUUCCUACUAAAAAAAGUUAAACUUAUUCUACUGCUAGUGAUAAUUAAACUGUUGUUUCUAUUAGAGUAUUCUAAGGUGAAAGAGAAAUGGCUGCUGAUAAUAAAUUAUUAGGAUAAUUUGAUUUAUCUGGUAUUCCACCUGCUCCAAGAGGUGUUCCUUAAAUUGAUGUCACUUUUGAUAUUGAUGCAAAUGGCAUCGUCCACGUCUCCGCAAAAGAUAAAGCUACUAAUAAAGAUCAUUCUAUUACCAUUUAAUCAUCUGGUGGAUUAAGUGAAGCUGAAAUCUAAGAUAUGAUUAAUAAAGCUGAAAAAUAUAAAGAUGAAGAUAAAAAAAGAAGAGUAUAUAUUAUGUUCUAUAUGCUAGGAACUUGUUGAUUUGAAAAAUGAAGCUGAUGGAGCUAUUUUUAAUACUGAAAAAUCACUUAAUGAACAUAAAAGCAAAUUAUAACCAAACGAAGUUUAAGAAAUUGAAAGUGCUAUCUAAAAUUUAAGAGUUUUGUUAACCGAAAAUCUCACUGCUAAUGAUGUUCAAAGACUUAAAGAUGCUGUUGAAGGAGUUAAAAAUGCAGCCAUGAAAAUCGGAUAAGCUAUGUAUUCUUAUUCUUUUUAACCUUUAGGUAUCGAAAUACUGGAGGAGCUAGUGAAUAAUAACAAUAACAAUCUUCUGAAUAAACUGGAGAAUAAUAAUAGUAAUCAAACUAAGAAGGAGGAGAUAAUAACAACAAAUAAAAUUGAUAUAUUAUGUUAUUAAUAUUGUACAAAUCUAU